AUGCUCGCGACCUCGACCGCGCGCGUCCGUCUCGGCGGCGCCCCUCGCCGCGCGCCGCGCGCGCGCGGCCGCGCGCGGACGCGCCACGCGCUCGUCCUCACGCGCGCGGCCGCGAGCGGCGGCGGCGGCGGCGACGACGUCGACGAGAAUGGCGGAGAGCGACGACCGUCGACGGCGUCGUCUACUAGCGCGCUGUCGCUCCUGUGUCCUCUGCUGAAGGUCUUCUCCGGCGGCGACGCCGCGGCGCCGCGGAACCGCGCGUUAGAGGUUACCACGAGCGGGCUCGCGUCCAUGUCGCGCAUGCCGCACGGCGUGACCGUGGACGCGGAGUGCGCCGAGCGCGCGCCGUCGUCGCAUCAUCCGUCGAGACGCAUCGUGCUCUACGAGUUCGAGGCGUGCCCCUUCUGCAGGAGAGUCCGCGAGGCGCUCACGCAGCUGGACCUGUCCGUGGAGGUGCGGCCGUGCCCGAAAGACGCGCGCGUGCACCGCGCGGAGGUGGAGGCGCUCGGCGGGAAGCAGUCGUUCCCGUUCCUCGUAGACCCCAACGGCGACGGCGGCGACGGCGUCGCCAUGUACGAGAGCGAAGACAUCGUGCGAUACUUGUACGCCAACUACGGCAACGGCGCGGCGGUGCCGGAGACGAUCUUGAGCACGACGGCGCUCACGGGGUGGAUGCCGACGUUGUUGAGGGCGGGGCGGGGGAUGACGCGGUACGCGACCGCGCCGGAGUUCGGAAGAGCCGAAGACGACGACGACGGCGGCGGCGGCGGCGGCGGCGGACGACGACCGCUGACCUUGUACAACUACGAGGGGAAUCAGUUCGCGCGCCUCGCGAGGGAGGCGCUGUGCGAGCUCGAGAUCCCGUACGUGCUCGCGAACGCGGGGAAAGGCAGCCCGCGGCGAGCGGAGCUGACGGCCCUCGACCCCGGCGCGUCCGUGCCGUAUCUGAUCGACCCGAACACGGGGACGAAGCUGGGAGAGUCUGAGGAGAUCGUCGGCUACUUGUUCCGGACGUACGGCGGCGAGGGCGCGGUCGCGGUCGCGGCGGGCGGCGCGGAGUAG